CUACUUCAGUAACACAGUUGCGAAGAGUCAGGGAGCGGAUCGGCAGGGAAUCCCGAAGGUUUCUUCUGAAUCCAGGACGGAUACCCCGUGAUUCUUUUUAAAAAAAAAAAAUAAAUACAGCCUCAAAAAGAAAUAAUAUAAACAUGGUGGUGGUAACAGCAGCAGCUGGAAGCCACAAAGUGCUCCUGAUAUCCGGGAAGCAGUCCGGCUCAUCAAGCGGCUCACAGACGGCCUACAGCCGGCAGAUAUCUCUGGUUUUACCGUCAACGGCCAGCCAGGUGUCGUCGGACUCGGACUCCAACACGUCAGUGGGGCCGCCUGUACGGAAAAGGCAGAGGCUCACACAUUUGAGUCCCGAAGAAAAGGCGCUUCGCAGGAAACUCAAGAACAGAGUGGCAGCUCAGACAGCAAGAGACAGGAAAAAGGCCAAAAUGGGGGAACUGGAACAACAAGUUAUAGAAUUGGAACUGGAGAACCAGAAACUUCACAUCGAAAACAGAAUGCUGAGAGAAAAAACGAGCGGUCUCCUGACAGAAAAUGAGGAAUUGAGACAGAGGCUUGGGUUGGACACCCUGGAAUCAAAAACAAAGGUACAGACUCUGUUAUCCACCGGGAAUGACGCAGGUUUGGGAGUCGGGUCUUCUGAGUGCAGUACUCAGGCUACGUGUGCCUCCGCAGCAGGUGCAGGCCCAGCAGUCCCUAAAUCUGAAGACUUCUCAAUGGAUACAGAUUGUCUUGACUCUACAGACAAUGAGUCUGAUCUGCUGCUGGGCAUUCUGGACAUCCUUGACCCAGAGCUGUUCCUCAAGUCUUGCGAGCAGGAGUGCCCGGAGCCGCAGGUUCUGCUGGUUGGAGGGGAGCACCCAGUACCUGCCGCCCCACCUACGCCUAUGGGGGCCCCAUCAGUUAAGCUGGAGACCCUUAAUGAACUGAUCCACUUUGACCACAUCUACACCAAGCCAGUGGAGGAGGUGAGCAGCGAGCAAUGCAGCGACUUGGAGAGCGGCAGCAAUGAGAGCGACGAGGCCUCCUUCGCAGAUGCCGAGGUCGACGUUGGAGAGGAGGCGGUCGACGUCAAAGACGAGCCGGAGGAAGUGGUCAUCCCUACCUGUAGCACUCAGAGUCAGGUGGAUGACCUCUUCCCCGGCACCUCCUCCCCUGCCCUCGGCACCCUGGAGAAGGAAGCCUGCCUUGCGGACACCUACAGCGACUCUGGAUACGAAGGGUCCCCGUCCCCGUUCAGCGACAUGUCCUCCCCGCUCUGUUCUCACAGCUCCUGGGACGACAUGUUUGCCAGUGAACUUUUUCCCCAACUGAUCAGUGUCUGAAUUAAACUCUGCCCAAGAAGUCUAAUAUGAUGGCAUAUUGUAAAUACACAAGCUAAUGUGUAGCGUUAAAUUUUCAGCUGUAUUGCUCCUCUGAGCUAGCUCAUGUAUAGACUAAAUGGACGUCCAUCACCUUACAGCAGGUCUGUUCCACUACCAAGAUAUGUAGUAGAGUUCACAACAGCUUCGAUAUGCAGAGGACUUAAGAUUCUCCAUGAAUCUUUGACUCAUUAAACAUAAAAUCUGGGUUGAUCCAGUAUAUGUAAAUUUGUUAGGGGGUAAAUGGGGACCCAUCAGUUAAUAUUACACUUAUUUAUUUGUGUAUUUUGCCAGAGUCUAAUGUCCACAUGUCUUGUCUUCACAUUUUUGCUCGCUCUCCUUAUAAUCUAAUUUCGAUAUUAAAUAAUCUUGCAUUGCA